UUAGGAAUGGGACCCGAACCUAUUUAGUUAGACAGCAGCUACAGAAGCAGAGCUGGAAGCACCUGAUGCUGAUCUCUGGGACAAUCCGCUCCAUGUUUCUGCUCUCUGAACCGCGGCGAGAAUAAAUCUACCUCCAGCCUCCAUCACUGUCGACAACUUUCUUUUUGUGCUGAUCUCUCCCCCUCCCUCCUACUCCUCCUUCUUUUUUUUCACCCAAAGAACAAUCGAUAAGGAGACUUUGCACUAUAUUACCCUUUUUAAAAAAAAAAAGUUACUCUUUACUGUGUUUUUUGCACUAACGAUGCACACCACGCAAAAGGACACGACCUACACGAAGAUCUUUGUCGGCGGUCUUCCCUACCACACCACGGACUCGAGUCUCAGGAAAUAUUUUGAGGUUUUUGGCGAGAUUGAAGAAGCGGUGGUGAUCACCGACAGACAGACCGGCAAGUCCAGGGGUUAUGGAUUUGUGACGAUGGUGGACCGCUCUGCUGCAGAUCGGGCCUGCAAGGACCCCAACCCGAUCAUCGAUGGCAGGAAGGCCAAUGUGAACCUGGCCUACCUGGGGGCUAAACCUCGUGUGAUGCAGCCAGGUUUUGCCUUUGGUGUUCCUCAGAUCCACCCUGCGUUCAUCCAGAGGCCUUAUGGCAUCCCGACCCAUUACGUGUACCCGCAGGCCUUCGUUCAGCCCAGCGUGGUGAUCCCCCACGUGCAGCCUGCAGCCACUGCGCCUGCCGCCGCCACCGCCACCUCUCCUUACAUCGACUACACCGGGGCGGCCUACGCACAGUACUCCGCCGCAGCCAACGCAGCAGCCGCCGCCGUGGCCUACGAGCAAUAUCCCUACGCCGCCUCCCCUGCCGCCCCGGGCUACAUGGCCACCACCGGCUACGGCUUCGCUGUCCAGCAGCCUUUAGCCACCGCCGCCCCCGGCUCAGCCGCCGCUGCGGCCGCGGCUUUCGGGCAGUACCAGGCUCAGCAACUGCAGGCCGACCGCAUGCAAUAGCAGCGGCUGCAGCUGUCGCACGAGCAGAGAGAGAGAGGGAACGUCCACCGCUGUCUCGCGACGAUACGGGAAGACAGAUGGUGUGGCCUUGAAGCGGGGCCCAGUCAGCGCCAAGGCUGAGUUUCUUUAACAAGCUGGUGAUGGUGAUGACAAUAGUGAGAUGGGAUAGAAACUUUCCAACUUGCUGUGCUUUCUCUAAACAAAAAAAAAAAAA